AUGGAGGACGACUAUUACUCCAUCGAAUCAAUCCUCGCGGAAAAUCAGAAGAUUCAAUGCAAUUUCAAGAUUGACAUUCCCGACAUGGGCCAUCUUGACGGCGGCAACGAGCGCGACAUGAAAGCAUUGAGUAAGGCGCAAAUUCCCAUGUGGAUGGCGUACAUCCUCAUCUACUCCAAUUACGCAGACUUCACCAUUCCACCACCCUUCUCCGCUCGCGUGCGUAAUGCGCUCAAUGCGGAAGCACGUAGUGUGCGCCUCUCUAGCCUGGUUGGCCAAGGUGGGUUGUGGUAUGGUUUUGGCAGGAUGAUCAUGCGGCUGUGA